AUGCACCACGUGUUGCUCCCCUCCUAUGGCCCGCUGGCAAGGCACCUGCUGGGGCUGCUCAGCAGGGAGGGGCCCCGCUGGGAGCUGCCUGCCCUGGCCUUCCUUGUCGAGGUCCUCAACUAUUUGGACGUGAGCGCAGGUGAUGACAGUGUCCUGCAGAUCCUGGCAAGGCACCUGCAGAGCCAGUGCCCAGAGAGGCAGCGCCUGGCUCUGCGAGGGCUCCUGGUGCUCAGCGGGGAUCCCUCCAUGGUCAAAAGCAUCUGCAGCCUGUCUGAGCACCUCCUGGAGCUGCUGCGUGAUGGAGAUGGAGAGCUGGUCGCCACGACCCUCUCCACGUUCCUGAAUGUGCUCCAGGAUGAGGAAGACAGGAAGGGACUCAGCUCCACUGCCCUGAGGCUGGCUGAGGCGCUCCGGCCAGUCUUUGACAACGACAACAGCCACGUGCAGCUGCUCUCCAUUCGCCUCUUCCGAGAGGUGAUGGAGGUGCUGGCGGAAGAGGGAACAGAGCCCUGGGAGAUGCAGGUGCGCCAGAGCCUGGUCCCACUGUUCUUCCGCUGGCACGACGAGAACCAGCGCGUGGCAGAGGCCGCUCGGGAAGCGCUGCUCUGGGCUGCAAGCUUCCUCCAGAGGAAGGACCUGGAGCAGCUGCUGAAGACAGAGCAGCCCUUCAGGUUCUGUGACUACCUGAUGGAAAAGGACAGGAGCCGAAGGGGCGAGCACCUGCAGCAGGCCCUGCCCUACCUGCAGAGCCCACAGGAGCCCCUGCGAGAGGCGGCCGUCAGGUUCAUGGGGGUCGCCGGCUGGCACAUGAGGGAGUGGCAGCAAGACCUGUGGCCCAUCCUCAAGGCCCUUACAGCCAUGAGUGACGACGACUGCCCCUCCGUCUCCAGCGUCAGAACUGCACUCGUGGACGCUUACAGCCGUGCCAUGAGACGACCAAUGUCCCUGCAAGAGCCCCGCAACAGCCCAGGGACCACUUCUCAGCGCGGCUGCACCUGCAGCUGAUGCUGGACCCAACUGAGCCAACCUGCAAGGCCAGGCAGCUCCUGGCCUCUGCAGGCCCAGGGGCGGCUGCCUCCUUCCAUUCCCUUCUCCUGACCCCACUUCAUCCCUCUCCUUGCCCUCACAAUAAUAAACAU